GUUUGCAAAUAUUAUCAUCGCAGAAAGUCAAGGAAUGCGCAAAGUGCAGUGUAUGGAAUGUAUUGCAGCAGUGUUGUGGGAUUUUCUCAUAAUCCAGCCAAUGUUAUCUUUCGUCAAUCAAUAGCCUAUACUUCCAAGAUAUGUGCCAGUAAAAAUGGCAGCUUGAGAGCAAAAGUCAACGAUGAAUAUGACCCAUUACUCCAAGCCGCCAUUAGCGCCGCUUCUCUUCGUUUGCAAGAGACCCUUCAACCAGAGCCUCUCUUUCAUGAUCCAUAUGCGGGUUGCUUUUUUCCUCGCCAGUUUCGUCUGGAUGAUAAGAAGCAAUGUUCGCUCCAUUACUUACUCGCUACCAAAUUCAUUGAUGAUAAAUUGGUUGGCUUUUCGAACCAAACUGAUGGACUAAAGCAGGUUGUUCUGUUAACAGAUGGAAUGGACACUCGGCCUUAUAGACUGAGCUGGCCAGCCUCAACUAGGAUAUUCGAUAUAUCCCCAGAUAGAAUAUUCAGAGAAGCUACUGAAAAGCUUCAAAGGAAUGGAGCUAAACUUCCAAAAGGCUGUUUGUUCCGUCAUAUUCCAUUGGAGUCCUCGAACAUUCAGCAGACUCUGUGUGCUGAUGGCUUUAAUGGAAACCGGCCUAGUAUCUGGGCCAUACAGGGACUGCCUGUGAUGAAUUUGUCCAGUUUUGAGGAGAUGUUAAUCACUGUAAGUGGUUUGGCUACAAAGGGAUGUUUCUUCUUGGGCGUAUUGCCUGCUCGGGUUGUAGAAACCAAUAUCGGAACUGAGUCUAGUGUAAGACAAUGGAUGGAAAAACUGUUCUUGAGUAAUGGCUUCCGGGUGGAGAUGGUUAACCAUGAGGAAGUUGCUAGGAGUUUCGGAAAGUUACUAGCACCAGGAAACUACAAGAGUGUAUUGUUUGUUGCCGAACAGUUGCGGUUUUCUGAUGAUCAAAUGGAAACAUGGAGAAGUGAAUUCCAGAGACUCGAAGAAGAAGGGGAUGAAGAAGGUUUCGAGGAGCUGUAGAUGUAACUAGUAUUUUUGCUCAAUCUACAAGACUAAGAUCGCUUUCAACUGCAUGUUAUACUCUAUUUUUUUUAAAUACAUCACCAACACUUUAUUUAUUAGUUUUACAUAAAAUAUUUACAUUUCACUGUACAUUAACUUAUC